AUGGCAGACCAUUCGCCAUGGCUGCAAAAGCCCUUCAACAUUGCCGCUACUCUUCUGCGGCGGCGCAAGUUGCAGAAUCAGAAACAGAAGCACUCAAGGACUACGCAGAUUACAGGAGGUCCCUUUAUGGCCACAUCACUCACAAGGCGCUUCUUGUUGAUGCUGUUGGCACUCUUGUUCUCCCUUCUCAGCCCAUGGCCGAGAUAUAUAGGACAAUUGGGGAGAAAUAUGGAGUGGAGUACUCUGAGGAUGAAAUAUUGCAUAGAUACAGAAGAGCUUAUAGUCAACCUUGGGGCAAAUCUCGUCUCAGAUAUGUUAAUGAUGGUAGGCCAUUCUGGCAAUACAUAGUUAGCUAUUCCACCGGCUGUUCGGAUUCUCAAUACUUUGAAGAACUUUAUAACUACUAUAUGACAGACAAGGCAUGGCAUCUUUGUGAUCCUGAAGCAGAAAAAGUGUUUAAUGCUCUUAGAAAAUCUGGUGUCAAAUUGGCUAUUGUAUCGAAUUUCGACACUCGACUGAGACCUGUCCUGCGGGCAUUGAAUUGUGAAAAUUGGUUUGAUGCAGUAGCAGUAUCUGCCGAGGUUGCAGCUGAGAAGCCAAAUCCAACCAUAUUUCUUAAAGCAUGUGAACUACUGGGCGUAAACCCCGAGGAUGCUGUUCAUGUUGGCGAUGAUCGUAGAAAUGAUGUCUGGGGUGCAAGAGAUGCAGGCUGCGAUGCUUGGCUUUGGGGAAGUGAUGUUCACUCCUUUAAAGAGGUAGCUCAGAGGAUUGGAGUGCAGGUCUGAAAAGUAAUCUCCUUGCAAUAAGUUGAAGAAUGUUAUACAUAUGUAGAGUCUUUUAGGGUUGAGAUAUAAGGGUGUAAAUGUUCUGCUCUUUUUAUCAAUGUGUGUAUAAUAAUGUAUGUAAAAAACUAAAAAAGAGAUGAUCCUGUUAACUCAGUGAAAUCCAGAAAUUAGUGUAGGGUAAGUUAAAAGCAUAUUUGUGUUCACUUUUGACAUUGCAAUUCAAAUGCGUUUGGACAUAAA